AUGACCGCCGCCGCCAUGCAACAACCUCCCGCCAUCCCGCCUCGUCCGGCUAAGAGCCAGGACGGCAACGAGUCCGCGGCCGACGUCCCCAAGAUCCCGCCUCGUCCUACGAAACGACCCGACCGCUCGAUAUCUCCCAACCCUGCCCGUUUCGCUCCAUCGCCUUUCAACGAGGGCAUCCCUAAAAAGAGCCCUAUUUCUGCCCGAUUCAACCCCAGUGAUGCUCAACAGGAGCCAAUCAAGCGCCCUACAAGCGUCUCCAUGCCUUCUAUUGGUCAGGAGGGUGCUGAGUACAGCGCCGUGACCCAUGAGAUCAAGCCCGAAGAGGUUCAGGCUCCAGAACAGGAGGAAGCUGCGUCACCUGAACAGACACGUACCAUCGCUGAGGACCUCAAACUCCAUGCUCCCAAGCCUUCCCUGCCAGCUCAGAGCGCCAAGCAGCGUGUCCAAGCUGUCACCCGCACCGAUUCCGAUAAGGCAGCACAGUUCGGCAUUGGUCGCCCCGGAUCUACCCAAGCCACAAAGCAGUCAAGCACCAAUGUUUCGGUUAGCGAUGGCCGCCAAGAGGUUGAGGAUGACCAUGGCAUCCCUGAAAUCGGCCAACGUGUGCCUAUGAACCCUCAUCUGGGUGAUGUCCAGGCUCCUUCACCUGGCCCUGGUUCAGAGGAAUUCAAGAAGCACCAUCAUCGCAAGCACAGCUCUCGUGGUGGGCCCCCAGGUAGCUAUGGCCUUCACGGUCAUGGCGUUGCUCCCCAGGAUAAGCUUGACAAGGAAUACUACGAAAAGCAUCCUGAGGUCCUCAAGAGGGAGCAUCAGACUCCACUACAUGAUCGUCAGAAUGACUUUGCCAUGAGCAAGGAUGACCUGAACAAGUUGGUUAGAGAUACACGAUCUCGUGGCGCGGGCCUGAGCGCAUCGGGUUACCAAUCUACACCCACAGACGAGGUUGGUUUCCAAGCCACUGAAGAGUACACCUCCCGUCUUUCACCCCGCCCUGCCUCUACCAGUGAAGGCAAGGUUCAGCCUAUUUCGUUCAAAUCGGAAAUUAUUAGCCCCGAGGGUGAACACACAGUGCACGUUGAUGAUCCCAAGCACCCUGAGUAUCGGUCAUAUGGUGACGGUGAUGCUGUUGUGGAUGAGGAGCACAAGUACACUGCGCCCAUCUUGGCCGAGGACGAGGUUCAGAGCGAUGACCAUCCUUACAGCCAACGACCCGCUGUUGAACCUGUUCAUGACCGUGGAGAUAACGGCGACUUUGAUGAGCCCCUCAGCCGCCCUCUGAGCAGAACCAAUCGACCCAAGAGCAGACCUACCAGCAUCUAUAAGAACAACGACUCUCAAGAGUUUGCUCCCACUUCUCUGGAUGAUGUUGAGGAAUAUGAGCCACUCUUCCCUGAAGAAGGCAACAAGGAUGCCCAGAAGCCAGCACCCGGUAACAAAGCCAGGCACCAUUUCCCCAGCAAGGACAUUUGGGAGGAUGCACCAGAGAGCGUGCACUACACUGUGGAGGUUUCGACCCCAGACCAAGCUGGGCAGGUAGAGCAUGCAGAGCCAGAGGAGGAACCCCGACGACGAUCAUCCGCUAUGGACCGUCCCAAGACCCCUGCUCAUCUCUUUGCUCAGAGACAAGAAGAACUCGCAGAGCAAGAAGCGAAUGGUCCUGUAGAUGUCCAACCUCCUAAGAACCAUGAUAAGUCUAUCUGGUACGAAUCAAAGGAAUCGGACUCCUUCCUCAACAAUAACAAGAGACCUUCUGCAGGCCAGCGAUUCCCUAGCCGAGAUAUUUGGGAAGAUGCCCCAGAGAGUCAACUUUACGAGACUACCGUCGAUUCUCCUCAGCCUCAGGUCGAGACAAAAGAUGAGCCUAAGGAAGAACUUAAGGAAGAGUCCAAGGAAGAACCCAAGGAGCAAAGUAAGCCUGCCAUCCCUGAGCGACCGGCCAGGAAAUCAUCCGAAGACCGUCCUUCGAUUCCCGAGCGACCCAAGUCCAGGCCGCCUGUCUCGGAGAAGCCAAAACCUAGCAUCCCUCCUCGACCCACCAAGUCUUCUUCGGGAGAUUCGAUCGAGACCAAGCAGAAGCCUCCUGUUCCUAGCAGACCUGCUGGUAGCAAGAUUGCUGCGCUUCAAGCAGGUUUCAUGAGUGACCUGAACAAGCGUUUGAAGCUGGGACCACAUGUUCUUCCUAAAAAGGAGGAGCCAAAGGCCGAGGAGGAUUUGACGCAGGAGAAGGAGAAGGCUCCGCUCUCAGAUGCUCGUAAGGGCCGAGCUCGAGGUCCACAACGCCGAGCUCCGGCAAGAAGCCCGGCUGCCGUUGCUACAACCGCGCCCGCACAACCUGCAGCUCCCUCGUUAACAUUCUCUGUUCCUCAGACCUUCUGGUCCAUCAGUCCUGAAGGCUCUUUGUCUGUUUCUGGAGAGCAAACUCCUACUUCUGAGCCCGCUACUGAACCCACGAGUGAGCCUGUAUCCGAGUCUGUGCCUGAACCUACGUCGGUACCUGAGCCCGAAUCUGCUUCAAAGCCAGAGCCAGAGCCAGUCGAGGAGAAGAAGGAGGACACAGUUGAUGUGCCCACAGAACCCCAGGAAGCGCUGCCCAAGUCAGAACCUAACCUGGAGCCCAAGCCAGAAAUUCGCGGCGAGCCUGAGUCAGAAUCUGUUCCUGUGCAUAGGGACCCUGAGCCUGCAGCUGGAAAACUUCCUCAAGAGGCCGAACCCACACUUCCUGCGCAGCAGCCCGCUGUCGAACCUUCUCAGGAGCCAGCCCAGGAAGCACCAGCCCAGGAGGUGCCAACACAGGAACCCCAGCAUGAGCAAGAGCCUGUUCAGAUGGAGAAGAGCCUUGUUGCCAACACCGCUGGCGAGAGUAUUUUGGAGACGACUGUGGAUAAGAAGGAGGGCGGUGAUGUAGUCGAACCUGUUGGAGUGUCUGAUGAAGUCAAGUAG